CCACCACGCCCCCUCUGCUGUGAGGGCGCGAGGAUCCGGGAUCGGUGUAGCUCGCGCUGCGGGUAGGAAGUUGGAGGGAAAUGGACUGAACUCUCCGCCCGUGGAGGAGCGCGCAAGUUGUCACCAGUCCGCGAGAGGAGAAUAGUUGGAAUGAGCCGGCCCAGAGAUGCCUUACGUCGACCGACAGAACCGCAUCUGUGGCUUCCUGGACAUUGAGGAGAUUGAGAACAGCGGCAAGUUCCUGCGCCGCUACUUCAUCCUGGACACAACACAGGGCAGCCUGGUAUGGUUCAUGGACAACCCGCAGAACCUGCCCAAGGGUGCGGAGAUGGUUGGGUCCCUGAAGCUCACAUACAUCUCGAAGGUGAGCGAUGCCACGAAGUUGAGGCCCAAGGCUGAGUUCUGCUUCGUCAUCAAUGCGGGGAUGAGGAAGUUCUUCCUGCAGGCUAAUGACCAACAGGAUUUGGUGGAGUGGGUGAGCGUUCUCAACAACGCCACCAAGAUCACGGUGCCGCGGUCAGGAGAAGUACCCCCGCAGAGCAGCGAAGCGGCCAUGGAGCUCCUGGGCUCCCUGAAACAGGUCUCCUACAAGACCGAGAUCGUAGGGGGUGUCCCUAUCAUCACUGCCACUCAGGAGAAAGGAGAGGGGCAGAAUGGAGCGGAGAGGGGGGUGUUGAGGAAGCCCCUAAACCAGCCCUUCUUCCUGAGUGGCCACGAACAGGACCAGGUUGUCAAGGCGGGCUACUGCGUCAAACAGGGGGCAGUGAUGAAGAACUGGAAGAGGAGGUACUUCAUGCUGGAUGAAAACGCACUGAGCUACUACAAAUCAGACCUGGAAAAGGAGCCUUUACGUGUCAUCCCAUUAAAGGAGAUUCACAAGGCCCAGGAGUGCAAGCAGAGUGAUUUAAUGAUGAGAGACAAUCUGUUUGAACUGGUCACUACCUCACGAACCUUCUUCAUCCAGUCUGACAGUCCGGAGGAGAUGCACAGCUGGAUUAAAGCUAUCUCUGGUGCCAUAGUCGCUCAGAGGGGACCUGGACGCUCCGCCGCUACGAUGCGUCAGACACGUCGUCUCUCCAUACCGUGUGUACAGAGGUACACACUCCGCUCUGAUGAGUAUAGCACAGAGGUGAGGAGCAGCAGCCGGGGGGGUCAGUCUUCUACUGCAGCCUGCAGAGCCCCCCCACCCCCCGCUCACCCCUCUCUGUCCCAGAAUGCACUGCUCCCGGGGAUGGGCCUGGCCUGGGACACCAGCGACUUCCGGGGCCUGUUGCCAGGGGCGCCCAGGAGCAGGCUGUCGCUCCAGGAGACGGGGCGGCUCUUCAAGUGAGGGCCGAGGACGCCGGGGACGGCCGCGCGGAUCUGCUGUCAUGGCAACAUAACGACCCCUCCCCACAGACCACGGAGGAGGGGUUGUAUGUUACCGAAGUGUGACACACACACACACACACACACACACACACACACACACACACACACACACUAUAUAAAAUGACACAAAUACAACACACACACACACUUGCAAACAUGACAAACAUUUGACACAUGCACACAAACACAUUUAGGUGUCUUGGACACACACUGUGCAGUCCUGAACAUCCAGUCUCAUGCUGAACUCUCUCUCUCCCCCCUCUCUCUCUCUCUCACACACACACACACACACACACACACUGACCAGUAUCCAUUCAGAACUAUAGGGGACUGAGGUCUCUGAACACUGCUCACACACACUAACCUCGUGGAGAAGUGCUUUUAUGAAACGUAAUGCUCCAAGAGUAUGUGAUUUUUUUUUACAGUGUGUAUGUUUCUAAUAUUGUCUAUCCACUGCUAUGUUUAUGCUUGGGGUUUAGGUGUCUUAGGGACGGAAAAACAGAUGAGUGAGUGAGUGAGUGAGUGUGUGAAAGUGAGUGAGUGAGUGAACUGUUAAACGGUUUGUAGUUUUUUUUGUGUUCAUCCUCUUCUCCUUCCUUUUGCCUCUUGGGUGUUUAUAUCUUAGUUUGUUGUUGAUUACCUACCCAGAGUAUGUUAGUUUGGAUGAGAUUGUUGAUUACCUAUCCAGAAUAUGUUAGUUUGGAUGAGAUUGUUGAUUACCUAUCCAGAGUAUGUUAGUUUGGAUGAGAUUGUUACCCUUUGCUGAAAGACUGCUGUACAAGUUUGGUUUGAAGAGUGACCUGUAGUUCAGAGAAGGCUGCUAGAGAGGCGUAAAUGCAAAGCGCCCAGCUGGACGUGCUGCAUUGUCCAUACGGUUGGCUGGAUGACCCUCAGAUUACUGUGUUCUCCUCUGGGGGGUGUUGGCCUUCAAUAUGCAUCUUCUCUACUCUCUUGUGGCAUCUUUAAUUAGCACAACUCUUAAGUUAACACAACUCGUUAAUUAACACAACUCGUUAAUUAACGCAACUCUUUAAUUAGCACGACUCUUUCCUUUCUAGCUGCGUUAAGUGCCUGCUGCGUACCUUUGAUGGAGUGUAUACAGUGGUGGAGCAGUGGUAACGUCACCACCUGACCACAGGUCAACCUGGGGCUUGAUUCCCAAGACCGUCGGAAGUCCAUAUUAGUGUGGAUGCAAGCGUCUGUUAAAUCCCAGUCAACUUUAACUUUAAAAAACGAUGGAUGUUGGUAUAGUGAACUUGGUGUGAUGUCAUUACAUUUCUGCUUUAUUUAUUCUGUGGAGUUUGAGAAUUAAACUGAUUACAACUGGC